AUGACAGCGCCCGGAGGUCGGGAGAGCAUAGCUAGGAUACUAACUGUUGUCGCAGUUUGCGCGUAUUGCCUUCUGGUGGUAUCAUCAGAUGCAGCUUCUUCUGUUUAUCACAGUAACAGCUAUGACGUUGGAAAAGUGCGGCCGUCUCCCAAACCUCCUCUUGGCACAGCAACGCAGCGGUUUUUUCGGAGCGUGGAUCUUCGGAAAGGUGAACUCUACGCAGGCGAGAAUGUUGCUGGGAGGAAGCGAAGCAGCAUAGUAGAGGGAAACGCGUUUGACCUGUCACCUCUGCGACGACGCGCAGAGAGAUCGGCAGCGUUGCACUCAUCGCAAACUCCGCCUCCAACGCCUCAUCAAACAACAUAUGAGGGUUUGUCAGAGGGCCGUUCUCAAAUAACCGACAGACCAGACAUGGAGGCAUGGCCUGAGCGCGACCGGCGGAGUGAAGACUUGUCUGUCAGCCUCCAAACCUCUACUGGCUCGCUACCUGUUACCAAUGGUGUUGUUGACGACGAUGUGUCGGUGGUCCAGAGGCAUAUUCGUCGCAAAGCUGCCGUACAACAGGGAAUCAUGAAGGCUGGUUUAGCAGGGGGGACGGCCCUGAGCAGUGCCUCGAUUCUGUAUGGGUUGAGUCGUCACCUAAAGAGGGAAGCCGCACACCGUCAGCUGAGUACGAGUAGGGAAAACGCCGCGCGCCUCGGCCUCAUAUCCACGGCGUUAGCGGUCGCCUCGGCGGGAACCCUCGUCACAGGAGGCUGGAUGUGGCUUAAGAAAAUCAGGAAGGCACACGCAAUCGCUGCCAAGCAGCAGCGAGAGGCAGCCAAGGAAAGACUGUUCCGACAGGAGGGGGGUGGGUGA